AUGCGGCCUUUGUCGCACCCGUCCCAUCCUAUUUCCUCAACACAACUUCGCGCCGAUGCAUCGCGGCUGCGACAGCGGCGGUGCAUGAGGCACUUUGGCAUGAUGCAGGUGGUGAGACGGGUGCAGGAUGGACUCGGUGUGGCAAUUGGCUUCUGCGACACGGUCACAGGGCGCCCGCUCUCGACGAUAUUGCCCAAGGAGCUGGCGCCGGUAAUACAGACUGUGACCGGCCAAGGUCCUUCCUCAUAUAUACAGAGCCGCGGCUUUCGACCACCAGCACCACAUUCCGCGCCCUGGCAUGUAGCGUCGCCAUCGCCUCCGACGACCGACCUCAAGGCCCCGAAUCCUCCACCCGAGCAGCUGCGCGCCGUCAUGCGUCUCCUGUCACAGUCUGUCGUCGUAUGCACCUCUGCCGGGCACGAUAAUACCCCCCGUGCGAUGACCAUGUCAUCGUUUACGUCACUGACGCUGAAGCCCAAACCCGUCAUUACUUUCAACGUGGCGACGCCGAGCCGCACUCUCGACUCAAUACAGGCCAGCCGUGGAUUCAAUAUACAUGUACUAUCAGGAGACUCUAGUGGUGCGGCUGUGGCGGAUCACUUUACGCGAGGCAACGUUGGGGGCGACAUCUUCGCGGGACUGAACACUGUGGUCCUGGAGCAGAGUGUGGGCAAUGCUUCGCCGCCACUGUUACGGGGAGAAGGCGUGGUGCACGUGCUUCGUUGCAAGCUGCUGGAUGACGAGCCGUCAAGAGGGCUCAUCAAGGUGCGGGACCAUAUGAUUGUGGUGGCCGAGGUGGUGGAAAUGAUACCAGGCGUAGAGAGCAACGAAUUUGGGCUCGCCUAUGCAGACCGCAAAUACAGACAGUGGACGUUGUUUGCUCGUUGCAAUGCCGUCUCAACUGACCCGAUGUGGCUCUCGAUCUUUUUCCUCUCCUCCGACUCUUUUUCCUCUUGGACCUUUCCUCUCCUCUCUUCAUCAACCCUUUUUACAUACCACAUCUUCCCCUUUACCUCUGUGCUGAAAGUUCUUUGGACAUAUCAACGUCUAGAGCUUCGCAUCUACUCUUUUCCCUUUCCAUUAAAAGCGUCUAGAAUCACAAACCCUUUGAUACCCUUCACAAUGGCUGAGACUUUCGAGUUCCAGGCUGAGAUCUCUCAGCUUCUCUCCCUCAUCAUCAACACCGUCUACUCCAACAAGGAGAUUUUCCUGAGAGAACUUGUCUCCAACGCCUCCGAUGCUCUCGACAAGGUCCGCUACAAGGCGCUCUCUGACCCUAGCCAGCUCGACUCUGGCAAGGAUCUGCGCAUCGACAUCAUCCCCAACAAGGAGGCCAAGACUCUUACCAUCCGCGAUACCGGUAUUGGUAUGACCAAAGCUGACCUUGUCAACAACCUGGGUACGAUUGCCCGCUCCGGCACCAAGCAGUUCAUGGAGGCCCUCACCGCUGGUGCCGAUGUCUCCAUGAUCGGUCAGUUCGGUGUUGGUUUCUACUCUGCCUACCUCGUCGCCGACCAGGUUCGCGUUAUCUCCAAGCACAACGACGACGAGCAGUACGUAUGGGAGUCUUCUGCCGGUGGUACCUUCAACAUCACCGCCGACACCGAGGGCGAGCAGCUCGGCCGCGGUACCGCCAUUGUCCUCCACCUCAAGGACGAGCAGGCCGACUACCUCAACGAGUCCAAGAUCAAGGAGGUCAUCAAGAAGCACUCCGAGUUCAUCUCCUACCCUAUCUACCUCCACGUCACCAAGGAGACCGAGAAGGAGGUUCCCGAUGAGGACGCCGAGGAGGUUGAGGAGGUUGACGAUGACAAGAAGCCCAAGGUCGAGGAGGUCGACGACGAGGAGGAGGAGAAGAAGAAGAAGACCAAGACCAUCAAGGAGACCAAGGUUGAGGAGGAGGAGCUCAACAAGCAGAAGCCCAUCUGGACUCGCAACCCCCAGGACAUCAGCCAGGAGGAGUACGCUUCGUUCUACAAGUCGCUCUCCAACGACUGGGAGGACCACCUCGGUGUCAAGCACUUCUCCGUCGAGGGUCAGCUCGAGUUCCGCGCUAUCCUCUACGUUCCCAAGCGUGCUCCCUUCGACCUCUUCGAGACCAAGAAGACCAAGAACAACAUCAAGCUCUACGUCCGCCGUGUCUUCAUCACUGACGAUGCUACUGAGCUCAUUCCUGAGUGGCUCUCCUUCGUCAAGGGUGUCGUCGACUCUGAGGAUCUUCCCCUCAACCUGUCUCGUGAGACCCUUCAGCAGAACAAGAUCAUGAAGGUCAUCAAGAAGAACAUUGUCAAGAAGUCUCUUGAGCUCUUCCAGGAGAUUGCUGAGGACAAGGAGCAGUUCGACAAGUUCUACAGCGCCUUCUCCAAGAACCUCAAGCUUGGUAUCCACGAGGACUCCCAGAACCGCACCAUCCUCGCCAAGCUCCUCCGCUUCAACUCCACCAAGUCUGGUGAUGAGAUGACCUCUCUCACCGACUACGUCACCCGCAUGCCUGAGCACCAGCAGAACAUGUACUACAUCACUGGCGAGUCCAUCAAGGCCGUCUCCAAGUCCCCCUUCCUUGACACCCUCAAGGAGAAGGGCUUCGAGGUUCUCUUCCUUGUCGACCCCAUUGACGAGUACGCCAUGACUCAGCUCAAGGAGUUUGAGGGCAAGAAGCUCGUUGACAUCACCAAGGACUUCGAGCUCGAGGAGACUGAGGAUGAGAAGAAGGCUCGUGAGGCUGAGGAGAAGGAGUUCGAGGAGCUUGCCAAGGCCCUCAAGAACGUUCUCGGCGAGAAGGUCGAGAAGGUUGUCGUCUCCCAGAAGCUCGGCCUCUCCCCCUGCGCCAUCCGUACCGGCCAGUUCGGUUGGUCCGCCAACAUGGAGCGUAUCAUGAAGGCUCAGGCUCUCCGUGACACCUCCAUGUCCAGCUACAUGUCCUCCAAGAAGACUUUCGAGAUCUCUCCCAAGUCUCCCAUCAUCAAGGAGCUCAAGUCCAAGGUUGAGGCUGACGGCGAGAACGACCGCACCGUCAAGUCCAUUGUCCAGCUCCUCUUCGAGACCUCCCUGCUUGUCUCUGGCUUCACCAUUGAGGAGCCUGCCGGUUUCGCUGAGCGUAUCCACAAGCUCGUUCAGCUCGGCCUCAACAUUGAGGAGGAUGACUCUGCUCCUACUGAGGCUGUUGCCGAUGCUGGCGCCCCUGCUGCUGCCGCUGGUGACAGCGCCAUGGAGGAGGUUGACUAG